UUGUUUUCCAAGUAAAGAUGAAUUCAAGAUUUGCUCUUGUUCUGUUCUUGUUCUUUGUUAUAGUUCCUUUAUCAAAAUCAUCAAUCUUCAAACCCUUCUCUCCUAAAUCUCCUCUUUCAUCAAUCGUCUUCCCUAUCUCCGGCAACGUCUUCCCUCUUGGGUACUACUCGGUCUUACUUCGAAUAGGGAACCCUCCAAAGGCUUUUCAAUUUGAUAUUGAUACUGGUAGUGAUCUCACUUGGGUUCAAUGUAAUGCUCCUUGCUCUGGCUGCACUGUGCUUCCUCCACUUCAGUACAAGCCUAAAUCAAACACUGUCCCAUGUUCAAACCCGAUUUGUUCUUCUCUUCACUGGCCUAACAAGCCUCAUUGUCCAAACCCUAAAGAACAAUGUGACUAUGAUGUUGAGUAUGCUGAUCAAGGUUCAUCAAUGGGUGCACUUGUUACCGAUACGUUUCCUUUCACUCUCCUAAAUGGUACAAUCCUCCAACCUCCUUUAGCAUUCGGGUGUGGUUAUGAUCAGAGUUUCUCUAAUGCACAUCCUCCUCCUGCUACUGCUGGAGUUUUGGGGCUUGGGAAAGGCAGAAUCAGCGUCUUGUCGCAGCUUGUCUCCGCGGGAGUAACAAGAAACAUAGUUGGACAUUGCCUAAGCUCUAAAGGUGGAGGCUAUUUGUUCUUUGGAGACAGUCUUAUUCCUUCCACUGGUGUGACAUGGACACCAUUAUUGUCACCAGAUAACCAUUACACGACCGGACCAGCCGAGCUUCUUUUCAAUGCAAAGCCAACAGGUUUAAAAGGACUUAAACUCAUUUUCGACACCGGAAGCUCAUACACUUAUUUCAACAGCAAAACAUACCAAACUGUAGUCAAGCUGAUCGAAAACGAUGUAAAAAGCACGCCGCUAAAAGUUGCGAAAGACGAUAAGACCUUACCAAUCUGCUGGAAAGGACCUAAGCCUUUUAAAUCUGUUCUUGAAGUCAAGAACUUAUUCAAGACCUUAACAAUCAACUUUACAAACGGCAGAAAAAACACUCAGCUCCAGAUUCCACCUGAAUCUUAUCUCAUUGUUUCAAAAACUGGGCACGUUUGCUUAGGACUACUUAAUGGAAGUGAAGUUGGAUUACAAGACUCCAACGUUAUCGGAGAUAUCUCUAUGCAAGGGCUAAUGAUGAUCUACGACAACGAGAAACAACAACUCGGAUGGGUUGCUUCAGAUUGCAAGAAGCUUCCCAAAUCAUAAUUAACAACACCAAGUUAUAUAUAGAUAUGAUAUUAACAAUAUAGUAACCCAAUAAUAUUCAUGAUUAUUACAUAACAGUUUGAGUAAUUAAGAGUUUAUUAAAA